AGAGUCAAUUUGGAGUGAAAAAUCCAAAACUAGCAACUUUUGUUAUUUUCUAAUUGAUUCUUAUUUUAACACACUAAGAACCAAUUAGAAAAUGACAAGUGGCUUGUUUUGAGUUUUUUUGCUUCAAAUAGGCGCCAUAUAUAUGAGUUUUUGUGUAAUAUGUCAUGCUAAAAUCAAUUUUUGAAUAAAUAUCUAAUAUCAAAAAAAAUAAAAAAUAAAAAAUAAAACUCUCUCUCUCUCUAUACUCUGUGCUCUCCCUCUACCCAUUUCUUCUCCCCCGCCCCGUUCCCCAUGACCACCACCAGCAAGCUCUAACCCCAAAAUCCAUCCCCACGUUACUUCUUCAAUAUUAAAAUUCUGUAAUUACAAUCUAUUAAAAUUCCAAUUAAAUACACUUUUUAUGGUUAGAGAUGGCCUAAAGGGUUUGAUAGUCCGUCCGUAGUGAUGUUAAUUAUGAUUACAUCCAUAAGUAGCUUAUUACAUCUUUAUUCCAUAUCAUAUAUGUUCGAGGAUCCGCAUAGCGUCAAAUAUUGAAGUAUUUAUGUGGUAGGCAAUUUAUUAGUGCUUUUUAUGUGGGAAAUUGAGUAUUUGUUGUAUUUUAAAUAAAGAUUUGUGUUUAGUGAGCACGUAAAGUCAAUUUCCCAAAAAGAUUUCAAAAUAAAAAAAUAAAAAAUUGGUGUUUCUGUUGCCGUCCAUCUCUCUGCUACUCAGUCUCUUUCAUCUCUCCGGCUCCGUGUUUCUCAACCCUGCGACUCCGUCUCUCUUUCAGUCAAAGACUCGAACCCUAACCGCAGAGGCGCACACCAUCAGUCCGGCGUCACACCAUCCUCAGGCUCUCAUCUCUGCGACUCUCUCUGUCUCUCUCUCUCCUCUGGCUCGCUACUUUGGGCUUUCAUUGUGGAGAUCUGGUGCCACAAAGUGCACUGUUCAAAGGGUUUUGUAGAGAAUUUACUCAGAUAGAGAAAGGCAUGGCUGAUUCCAAACCUACAACUAGCAUGAGAUGCCAUCAUUGUGCUGGUCCUCUUUCUAAGGAGAUGGAAACUAGCGGGUGGACCGUUCCACCUCUUAUUAGGGAUAGCUUUUCUAUGAUUGGCUCUGCGGUUGGUGGCACAGCAAGUGCUUUUUAUGGAUUCAACCAUGUGAUGCCUGUUGUUCGGAGAUGGGUAAAAGGACCUAUGUGGUUACAUUUUUUCAUUGGUGCUCCGCCUGUGAUUGUAUUCUCUUCAGCUUGUGCAGGUUUGGCAGGUGGGGCUGUUCCAGCCUUGGCCCAACUUGCUUCUUCCUCGUAUCGUGCAGUGGUCUCAUCGUCCUCGUUGCCUCCAACAUCUGAAGACGAGAAGAUUCACAAGUCCAGAACUUCCUCUACUCUGUAAUGUACAACAGCUUUAUGCAAGCAAGUGCACGUGAGGGAACCAUCAAGGCCACCUGUGUAGUCGUCCAUUUCAUCGAGGUGGUUCAUGAAGUCCCGUCAGCUUCAGGCAGACAGAAGUUUUGGUGAUACAAAGUUAUGAUGCAAGUAAUUGUUGGGUAAAUCUUUAUGCUGUUGAUUGAGUUGUCGAGUUCAUAGUAUGGUAAAUACUUUGCUUUUGACUUAUUUUUCCUACCGCGUUAUUUUUCGUGUACAUGUAAAUUUACUGGAUGUGUUGCAAAGGAAAGUGCGCUAAGAUCCAAUAUCUAAUCAGAC